CAUCCCCUCUCCACCCGCAUCCCCUCCAGAUGGGACACUAUGCGGGAAUGCCUGAACCCCUCCCGCCCGAUGCAACGAUACUUAUACCCGCGCAUACAUCGAUGCAACAAGUUGCUCCGGGGACUGUCGGGCAUUGUGGGAGCUGUAGUUCCGCGGCUCGCAGCACUACAAGUCCCAUCCUCCCGGAGGAGGGAGAAGGAGGAGGCGGUGGCGGAGGAGGAGGAGGAGAGGAGCCGGCACGGCCCAGGCCUGCAGCCCGUGAGGAAGAGCCCCCCGGGGGCGGGCCGCGGCGGCAUGCGGCUCCCCGGCCGGCUCGCCCUGCUCCGCAGCACGCCCCUGGCUGCCCGGCCGCCGGGGAGGCUCCGAGCGGGGCGGGCGGCGGCGCGGCGCGGCUUCUCCCGCGGGCGGCUCGGCGGCACCAUGGCAGAGGAGGCCAAGAGACGGGCCGCCUGCGCCGCCGUGGACAAGCACGUCCAGAACAAUCAAGUUCUCGGGAUCGGAAGCGGUUCUACGAUCGUACACGCGGUGCAUCGAUUAGCUGAGCGGGUUAAAGAGGAAAACCUGACAAUUGUCUGCAUCCCUACAUCUUUUCAGGCCCGUCAGCUGAUCCUGCAGAACGGCUUAACACUAAGUGACUUGGACCGACAUCCAGAGCUCGACGUUGCCAUCGAUGGAGCGGAUGAAGUGGACUCUGACCUCAACCUUAUCAAAGGUGGCGGUGGCUGCUUGACACAGGAGAAGAUAGUUGCAGGAUACGCAAAGUGCUUCAUUGUUAUUGCUGAUUACAGGAAAAAAUCAGAGAACCUUGGGGAGCAGUGGAAGAAAGGAAUUCCGAUUGAAGUCAUCCCCAUGGCUUACGUCCCUGUCACCAGAACCCUGACCAGAAAAUUUGGAGGUGUGGUGGAGCUGCGGAUGGCUGUCAGCAAAGCGGGCCCUGUGGUGACAGACAACGGGAACUUCAUCCUGGACUGGAAGUUUGACAAGGUUCAUCAAUGGAGUGAAGUGAACACCGCUAUAAAAAUGAUACCAGGUGUGGUGGAGACGGGGCUGUUCAUCGACAUGGCCGAGGUGGUGUAUUUUGGGAUGGAGGACGGCUCGGUCAGCGUGAGGGAGAAGCAGCCUCGCUGACAGGGCUCUGCUGGCUCUGCUUUGCCUUCAGCCCAGUUGGAUUCAGCUGUUGUAAAGGUGCCAACCUGAUGUUUUGCCUUAACAAGCAGCGGUUAUCGCAGGAGACCGAUGGGAAGCUGAUCAGAAUCCGCUGAUGUGUUACUGAAUGUCUUUUUUUAAAAAAAAAAACAACAGACAAACGAAAAAAAAAUAGAUUCUAUUUCUAUAUAUAUAUUUUUACUUUACAGGAAUGUUGUCUUUUUUUAAUGAAUCAUUUAAACAAAUUGCUUUAAUGUUUUUAUUUUAUUUUCUAAGAAAUACUUACCAAAAAGAAUAUUCCCUGGUUUUGUGUUUGGGUUGAUUUUUUUUGUUUGUUUGUUUUCUUUUUUUUUUCUUUUUUCUUGAAGAGAACUUGAACCCUUCUGGUUGCUCGCAGGGCUUAAUGAUUGAGGUCAGGAAUACAAUCCUAAUGCAUCAUUCCUAACCACCCUGGCUGGGAGGGUGACGUGCAUAACAGGAGCACAUCCAGUUGGGACCUGCUGAUGCCUUAUUUGGAACCUCUUUGGUUCGGUAUUUUAUGCCUUUUAUUUUUCUAUACUGCUGUUUUUUAAUAGUUCCGGAUGUCUGGUUGUCCUCUGUGCACAUGACAAUUCUCUGAGCCUAGGGUGGUCUCUACAUCCCCCUCUCUGGGACACUGAUAAGGGCCUUUUCCUGGCCUCUAUAUGGAGGAGACUCUCAUCCUUUGAGCCAAAUUCUGCUCUCAUUGAUUCAGUACCUCUGAUUAAAGUCUGUCCUGUAGCUGGAGAUGUUUGGGACUUAAUCCUUGUAAACAGAGAGCAGAAGUGGGUCCUUGAUGAAGUUUACAGGAGCGUAUUUUAAUAGCUUAGGGCAGCGUGGAAAACUGUUCAGGGGCAAAUGAUUUGGUUUGGAAUGAAGGUUAAUUAUCACCCCUCACAGCUGGUUGAUUUGUGGAAGGAUGCAGCAGAACGCACAGGAAAACGGAGUCUUCCUGCCUCAAUUUUCCACAUGUAGCAGGAGAGAGACACUCGUUAAAUAUCUCUUUUUCAGUGUGUAGGUGCUUUGCAUGGUUCUGAUGUCGAAAUGCAAGCCCUCUUUUUGUGUUUUAGACACUGAAAUAAAAGAGCUCUUAUACCAGA